UACCAAGUAUGUGCUGGGAGUUGGAGGCGCUGUGUGGAUUGCGAAGGUGCAGAGAAAGUCGUACCGAAGGGCACCUUCCAUGAAAUUUUGGUCUGGUAACGCCUUUACCAAUGUUGCGCUCAGAACUCAGGGGCAGCGAAGGUCAUAUGUGCUAGAUGUUUUGAGCGGAUCACAUUCCUCCAAAUCCAAUACCUCUAUCUCUUUAGUUAUGAUCACUCCAAAUCAAGAGCCAUCAUCAUCUACUGGAUCGUCCUCCAGCGAAUCAACUUCCAAUCAUUACGAUGUUUUCCUGAAUUCCACAAGCGAAUCAACAUUCACUACCACUCUCUGCGAUGCUUUGCGAAAGAAGGGAAUCGAGAAAAUCUUCGUCGGUCCCAAUAAACUGAGGGAAAAGAAAAGAAAGAGGGAAAGCAAACAAGUUUUUGCAUCACCUGAUCCUCUUAGCGCGAUUGAAAAAUCAAAGGUUUCUAUUCUUGUGUUCUCUGGGGAUUAUGCUUCUUCUGCUGAGUGCCUUGAUGAGCUCGUCAAGAUUAUGAAGUGCAGGAGGAAAAAGAAGCUAGUGGUUUUUCCGAUCUUCUACCAAAUAGAACCGACGAUUGUUCGGCAUCAGAAAGGUAAGUAUGAAGAAGCCAUGGUUGCUCAUCAACAGAGCUUCGGAGACGAACAGGUUCAGCAAUGGAAGUCGGCGUUGAACGAAGCCGCCGGUUUGUCCGGAUGGCAUUUUGUUGAAGGAUCUGAACAUGAUUUUGCUAAGAUUGUUGAAGAGGCAUUUUCCAAGUUGCCGCCUAAACGAUUACAUAUUGGGGAGCACAUAGUUGGACUCGACGCUUGCAUAAAAGAUGUCACUUCACUUCUUGAUGCCGUGUCUAUUUUAGGAAUUCAUGGAACUGAAGGAGUUGGCAAAACUACACUUGCUAAAGCUGCAUAUAAUUUAGUUGUCCACCAAUUUGAAGAGGCUUGUUUUCUUACUGACAUAAGAACAGCUCCUAAAGGAAGCAAAGGCGUGGUACGUCUUCAAAAGACGCUUCUAUCAGAGAUUCUUGAUGAGAAGAAAAAGAUCAAGUUAAGAAGUGUUGAAGAAGGGAUCUCUAAGAUAAAGCAGAGGCUAUGCCAUAGAAGGGUUCUUCUUGUUCUUGAUGACAUAGAUGAGAUGGAACAAUUAGAACAACUUGCGGGAGGUCGUGAUUGGUGUGGAAAUGGCAGUAAAGUGAUCGUGACAACAAGAAAUAAGCAAUUACUGAUUGAUGGUCAUAUUGAUGAAUAUGGAAUGAAGGAGCUAAAUAACAAUGACUCCCUUGAGCUUUUCUCUCGAUAUGCCUUCCACUUGGACAAACCCCCAGCGGAUUAUGAAGAAAUCUCCAACCAUCUGGUGAGUUAUGCACAAGGCCUUCCUUUGGCUUUGAAAGCUAUGGGCUCUAAAUUGAAAAAUAAAAGCAUGGAGGCAUGGAAAUGUGCAUUGGAUCAAUUGGAGAAACUUCCAGAAAGGAAGGUUGAAGAUGUUCUCAAAAUAAUGGGAAAGUAGGAUGCUGGAGAACAGCUAAUGGUUGUUCUUCUUUUGUCCACGGAAUUUCUAUGAAGAAUGCUACUCUCGAGUCCACAGUUAAGGAUUCAUUUCUUUUUCACCCUGCUUGAAUGUUUCUGAAGUGUCAGUUUUGUCAGCGAUACAACAUUUCAUCCGUGAUUUAUAUUUACUUAAUAUACAGAUUUUUCUCCAGAACUUAUUUAAUAAAACAACUACCUCAAAUUU